AUGGCGUCGAUCCUCACCUCGGGCAUGGCCAAGCUGAACCCCUUUGCAGCCCGCACCCAUGAGGACGACACAGAAGACGACGGCGAGGAGGUGAGCAACGGCACCCUCGCCGGCGGAGGCCACGGCGCUCGCGACACGGCCCUCAAGCACAACCUCCGCGUCAGCCAUGCCCUCAAGGCCUACAUUGUCGAGCACGGCAUCCUGCCCGCGAGCGAUGUUGACCUCGAGACUGAAGACGUCGUCGGGCCAGCUCUGCGCGACCUCAUCGUGCGACCGCACAUCAGGGUCCCCGCCGAGGUCACCGACAGAUCCUACCCGCUGCCAGACUACUUUGUCAGCUCGAGCCACAACACGUACCUCCUGGCACACCAGCUUUACGGAAACUCGUGUGCGACGGCGUACGAGACGGCCCUCAAGGCGGGAUCGCGCUGCGUAGAGAUUGACGCUUGGGAUAACAGCGACAACAAGGACGAGCCAAAGGUCACACACGGCUGGACGCUGACCUCCAACAUUCCCUUCCGCGCCGUCUGUGAGGCCAUUCGCGACGUGCAUGAUGAAGAAACAGAGGAGGCCAGGAAACACACCGAGGCCGGAUGGCAGGCGGCUCCCAUCAUCCUCUCCCUCGAGAACCACUGUGCCGCCCACGGUCAGCGCCGUCUCGUCGAGAUUAUGAAGGAGGUCCUCGGCGACCGCCUCUUGAGCAAGGCCAUCCGCGAAGAGGGCCACCGCGAGCAGGAAGGGUCCGGCGAACACGUCACCCUCGCCGAGCUGGGCUCCAAGAUUGCCGUCAUUGUCGAGUACCACUACCCCGACGAGAAGGCUGACUCGGACAGCAGCAGCAGCAGCAGCGAUGACGAGGACGAGGACGCGGACGAAAAGGCCGCCCGCAAGGUCUGGCACGAGAAGAAGCACACGGCCGCCCCCUCCGCCGUCAUCAUUCCCGAGCUAUCGGAGCUCGGUGUCUACGCCCAGUCGGUCAAGCCGCCGAACAACUCGUGGUUCGACCCCGGCGGCCAGUUUGUCGGCCCCCACCACCACCUCAUCAACGUGUCCGAGUCGGGCCUCGGUGCCCACCUGCCGGCGCAGAGCACCCACAUUGCCAACCACAAUGCCCGCCAUCUCAUGCGCGUCUAUCCCAAGGGCACGCGCAUCUCGUCGCGCAACCUCAAGCCCGUGCCCUUCUGGGCUGUCGGCGCCCAGAUCUGCGCCCUCAACUGGCAGACCUUUGGCGCCGCCAUGCAGAUCAACGAAGCCCUCUUCAGCGGCACCGAUGGCUAUGUCCUCAAACCGCCCGCCAUUCGAUCGGGAGGCGACGGACAGCUCACCGACAAGCACCGCAGGAAGAAGCUGCGUCUUCACGUCGCCGGCGCCUCGGACGUGCCGCUCCCCGACGGCCACGACUUGACGAGCAGGCCGCCCAAGCGCAAGACGGCCGGCUACAGGCAGCACAAGCUCGGCUUCCUGCACAAGGACGACAAGAACCCGCCCGCCAACGACCCCGUCUGGGACGAGGUGCUCGAGUGGGAGUACGACGACAACCCGCUCGUCUUCCUGCGCAUGCUCGUCAAGAGCGACGACUCGUGGGCGUCGAACCCCAUCUUUGCCGUCGCCGCCGUGCGCCUGCUCUACGCCACGGGCGAGUGGAACUUUAUCCGCAUGCUCGACCUCAAGGGGCAGGAGACAAAGUGUGCGCUGCUCGUCAGGAUCGAGAUUGUCGACGCCAAGGACGGGCUGGGCACGUUUUUCGGCAGGGACUGA